AGUCAACUUUGGGAACGCCCACGGAAACGGUGACGUUUUCCAGCAACAUUGCUACCAUUUUUAUUUCUUUCUAUUUAAUAACACAUUUGACAUUUAAAUGAAUUGUAAAUUGAUAUUUGUUGACAGAUUAAGAAAUUUGAAUUAAAAAAUGUUUUUUUACCUCCCUUGCAGACAUUUUUGGCCAAAUAUAAUCAGUGACGUAAUUAUUAACCGAGACUCAUGCGUGUACUAAACUGAACCCGCAGGUGGCGCUGUUGUUGCUCUUUUAUGAAUUAUUCACAAACUUCAUUGAACCGUAUCGGCGCUAGGACCUAAAGAGGUGAUGUUGUGUUUAAUGUCCACUAGUAAAGUAGACAACGUGACGCUAAACCCAAUUGAUAGCGGCACUUCAAAAUCGGAUGACGAUAACGUUUUUUCAUGCAAUAGCGUUUUCGCGUGAGUAUUGUUUUGUUCGAAGUGAAACAAGAAAAUCCCAUUACUGGGAGCAUCAAAAGUCAAAGAGAAUAUCGCUAGUUGCCCAGGUUCCCACAGCAUUUGAACGCAACGUAAGCCACCGCGUGGUUCCCCACCCUGCUGCUGCGCUUCACCAGUCCUGUGCGUGUGUGUACGCACCUUGGCCAACGUGCAUCAUUGCUUGCAAUUAUUUCUCUGUAUUUUAAUUUUCUCUUUUUAAAAAAAAAAAAACAUCUGAAGGAAAUAAAUAACACUCAAUGUGUUAGUUUCUCUAGUUACUCGUUUUUAGAUAACCAGUACUGUCUUUAAGUCAUCCUCUCAGUAAUAGCGCAUUCCCGAUGGCGGCGAACCGGGUCGGGCGGCGGGUCAACAAGGUGUGCAACCAGCAGUCACCCAACCGAGCCCGCGGCAGCAGCGGCGGCGGCGGCGGGCGUGAACCGGGCGGCCACAGCCUGCAGCGGCGCCAGGCCCGAGUCACCGUCAAAUACAACCGCAAGGAGCUCCAGAGGAGGCUGGACGUGGAGAAGUGGAUCGACUGCGGCCUGGACGAGCUCUACAGGGGCCGGGAGGAGGACAUGCCUGAAGAGGUAAACAUCGACGAUCUUCUCGACCUGAAGACUGACGCUGAGAGGACACACCGACUGCAGGAGAUUCUUCACUCGUGCAACAACAACACUGAAGUGUUCAUCGCCGAUUUGGUGGCCAAACUUCACGGCCUCCAAAAGCAGGAAGAGUUGCACAACGACGGCAUCGACCUACCACAGCUCCACAUCUACCCCGCCCGCCCCGGAUCGGCCGACAGGGAGGUGCUGCAUUGAAAAAGCAAAUGUACAACUGUGAUGUACCUCACCCCGGCCACCUGCCAGUAGGGAGCUGGACUACAAAACAAGCACGUCUAAAUCCCACAUCCAUCCACCUCCAAAUGUGUUGAGUUAUUCCAAACACCUCAGCAUCAACUGCACCUCCCAAAAGACUCGCUCCCAAACCAGCAAGAACCUCAAAGCACACAGGAAGUGGACCGUCAGAACUUUUUUCCUUCAUUUUUACGGGUUUCAUUUCCUGGUUUCGGUCAAACGCACAUGGGCACACAUUCUUCGAACUGUCAACGUAUGAUGUUAAGUCACAGACUUACUCAAGGCCGUUUGUGUGUGUGCGUCUGUGAAUGUGGGCUUGUUUGCAGCCACACUCACAUGCGCGCACGCACACACAUAAUGCACAUAUUUUAUACAUAAUACAUUUGUGUGGUUCAGAUUUUCCGUCUGUGUAAAUGUUUUGAAAUAAAAAAAAAAAACUUUCACUUUGAAAGUAUUCUAGUUGCA